AUGAAGCGUCAGAUGCUGAGUCGCAUUCUUGAUGCAGAGGCAAGGGAACGAUUGUCAAGGAUCGGACUUGUCAAGCCGCAAAAGGCGAGACAGAUCACCGACCUGCUCAUCCGCAUGGCUCAAUCUGGUCAGAUCCGAGGCAGGAUCACCGAGGACCAACUCAUCGGUCUGUUGGAUCAAGUGGAUCAGGCCUCUUCGGCAGACUCGGGCGCAGGCAAGAUCACUUUUACCAGGAAGAAGACGGUGCAGGACGACGAUGACAGCGACUUUGACUUGUAG